AUGUCGCCAAAGAAAAGAAUCAUGUCGAAAAAGGAGAAAAUUGGAAUCCAAUUUGUAUUUGGGAUUCUGGAGAAGGAAGGAGAGAGGGAGAAGGAAGGAAGAUUUGUGUGUGGUCUAAUUCCGGGAUUCUACGACGCAUUAGCCGUAUACCAGUUCCAUAUCUCUACACUGGCUAUCUCUAAGCCCUAUGAUGCCAAAAACGUCAAUUUGUACGACUUCCCACCGACCUCUGGGAUAUCAAAACUGAAAGAGCGUCUUCGAAAUUCUAAAAUCAGACGGAGAAAUAUAUAUCAAGAGGAUGUGACACUAGAGGAGCUGGAGAAUAACUUGUAUUCGAAGAAUGGUUAUGAAGUGGUUCAAGUCACUGCACCAGUACCCACAUUGAGAUUUGUACAGGAGCCGACUUGUGAGAAGGUGUUCAUGGAUUGGAUAGAAGUAUCGAAUAUGUCUAGAAACGAAGUACCACCGAGAAGGUUGACUGCAGAGCAGCAGUUUGAAGUGACCAUGAAUAAUUAUUCUUCGUUGAUUUACAACUAUCGAAACAGUGCCGCGAAGAAACAAAAACCCGCAAAAUGGGAUAUCAUAUCUGAGUUGAUGACGUGGAAGUCUGAAAUUCUUGGAGCUCUAAGCUAUAGUUUUGAUGGAGUCUCCCUACACCAUGCUAUGAAGGAACACGAGUUGAAUGAAAAGAAUGGGUUGAUUGUCGGAAGUUUGAUACCAUGGGUGGAAGUGCUUUCGUUGAAACAUGGAGCCGCUAACAUCUUGACAAUUGAAUACAACCAAUUGAAUAUUGAGCAAAAGUUCCGAGACCGAAUGUCCUCUAUUAGUCCAGCUGACUUUGCGAGUAACUACGAAAAAUACCUAAACUCUUUUGAUUUUGCCGCAGCAUUUUCCUCUAUUGAGCAGCUAGGACUUGGACAGUUCGGUGAACCAAUUGACGCAAUCGGUGAUCUACGAGAAAUUCUGAAAAUCAGGUGCACAUUGAAACCAGGUGGUUUAUUGUUCCUUGGACUUCCAUUCGGUCUUGACGCAGUUGUCUUUAACCUUCAUCGAGUCUAUGGACCUAUUCGAUUGGCUAUGUUGAUGACUGGAUUCGAGUGGGUUGCCACGUAUUCAUCAGAGACGAACUCCGCGAUUGAGUUGGAUAAAGUGUUGAGGGAAGACGGAACGGAUACUAAGAAUCAGUAUACAUUGGUGUUGAGGAAAGUCUAA